UCGGAAAAGAAGUUCGUCGCUACCGGAACAAAGUAUCGAUAGCACACUGAAUGUGCGUGUGUUUACGAACGAUCGACACCCUGAAAUAGUGGUUCUUCCAUUGAGGUGCAACGCUAAUUUAAUGUGAGAAGCAAACAAAAGUGCAUCGUAAACUGUGUCGUAACAUUAAGUGAUUAACUGCGAUUAACGACGAAAGGAGAAACGACUCAGAUUGCUUGGAUUAAAAAAUAUCCGCUAACUGCCAUAGUGACGUGAUGGCAAGAAGAUGCACUCCACAGGUGUCGGCGCCAGCUUGGAUGACCGUUGGUGGAGUUUUGGUGGUCCUACUGCUGGUUCAGCUGCAACCAAGCAGCGCAGUGUUGAAAGAAAAUGAACCCUGCGAACUCAAUGGAUCACCCGGAGUCUGCCGCCCAUACGCCGCCUGUCGGAAAGACCUUCAAAACAAGCCCAUCGUCAUUUGCACCCACUCUUUCCAAGGAGCCAUUGUGUGCUGCCCGGCGGAACUCGCAAACCGAUUGGUUUCCCCCGAAUCGGAACGGACAGCUGUCCGGAAAUGCAACGAGUAUCGGAAACUGUCGUACGACCAAGUGACCGGCAUCGGACUGAGCCUGGCGUCGAUUGUGGCCCGGUCCAAGGUGCCCAAGUGCGACAGAAUCACGAAGUUGAUUGUCGGCGGCAACGUCACCAAGCCGGGCGAGUUUCCGCACAUGGCUGCGAUUGGUUGGCGAGAAGCGGACAGAACCGCGUCGUUCUAUUGCGGAGGAUCGCUCAUCAGCGAUCAGUUUGUGCUUACUGCCGCUCAUUGCUACAAGGAUAUGAAUGGAGUAUGGCCAUCGUUUGUUCGCUUAGGUGACCAGAACCUAUUCCGGGACGACGAUCGAGCCAGACCCAAGGAUUAUGACAUUACGGAAUUUAUUAACCACCCGCAGUUUCUACGGAAACAGGGUCAAUACAAUGACAUAGCGCUGAUCAAGCUGGAUAGAGUGGUGACCUUUUCCAGUUUUAUAAGACCGGCUUGCCUGUACGAUCGCGAAAUGGUUCCCUCAAAGAAAGCGAUUGCAACCGGAUUCGGGGCCUUAGGUUUUGCCGAGGAUCCUUCAAAUGAGCUGAUGAAGGUGUCCCUGAACAUCUACGAUAACAAACUAUGCACCGAGGCAUUUGCUGGCCAUCGUACAGUGAAAAAUGGUGUUCUAGCAACUCAGCUGUGCGCUGGGAACGUGGAGGGUGGCUACGAUACGUGCCAGGGCGAUUCCGGAGGACCUCUGCAGAUCACCGACCAGGGCAACCAUUGCGUGUUUUACGUCUUUGGAAUCACCUCGAUCGGACAGGGCUGCGGUGCGAAUCUUCCAGCCAUCUACACCCGCGUGGCGUCCUUCCUGUCCUGGAUCGAGCCGAUCGUGUGGAAUUAAGUCGACAACAUUCCAAUCGAAUUAAAAUUUAGUUCAGCCAUUGUCCAUAAGUCAAAUUGUUGCACUUGAAAUAAAUAAGAGAAAGUUUAUC